CCGAGCGUGCGCGCUGGGCGGCCGGCCGGGCAGGCGGGCGGGCCCCGCGGAGGAAGCAGCGCGGAGGGCGGCAGCGCCGCGGGGCCGCCGCGGGGAUGAAGGACCGGCUGGCCGAUCUGGCCGAGUAUAAAGGAAAUGAAGAUGGGGAGACAGUUAUCAUCGAGAAAGACCAUUUUAUGGAUGACUUCUUCCAGCAGGUUGAGGAAAUUAGAAAUAACAUAGCAAAAAUAGCACAAAAUGUGGAAGAAGUGAAGAAGCAGCACAGCAUUAUCCUGUCAGCACCAAAUCCUGAAGGAAGAACAAAAGAAGAACUCGAAGAACUAAAUGAGGAAAUCAAGAAGAUUGCUAAUAAAAUCCGGGCCAGGUUAAAGGCUAUUGAGCAGAGCUUUGAUCAGGGUGAAAAUGCCAAUCGGACAUCAGUGGACCUCAGGAUCAGAAAAACACAGCACUCGGUGCUGGCACACAAGUUUGUGGAGGUGAUGACCGAGUACAACGAGACGCAGACGCUGUUCCGGGAGCGCAGCAAGGGCCGCAUCCAGAGGCAGCUGGAGAUCACUGGAAAGACCACCACUGACGAGGAGCUGGAGGAGAUGUUAGAGAGUGGCAAUCCCUCCAUUUUCACUUCGGAUAUCAUUUCGGACUCGCAGAUCACCCGGCAGGCGCUGAACGAGAUCGAGUCCCGGCACAAGGACAUCAUGAAGCUGGAGUCCAGCAUCCGCGAGCUGCACGAGCUCUUCAUGGACAUGGCCAUGUUUGUGGAGACGCAGGGAGAAAUGAUCAACAACAUAGAGAAGAACGUGAUGAAUGCCACAGACUAUGUGGAGCAUGCAAAAGAAGAGACAAAGAAGGCAGUUAAAUAUCAAAGCAAAGCACGCAGGAAAAUGGUGAUAAUUAUCAUUGUGUCAGUGGUGUUGAUUGCCAUAGUAGCUCUAAUAAUUGAAAUUGAUGUUCAUAAUAAUAUGUGUAACUGUACUGCUUCUGAUACUUGGAAUUAUCCUAGCAACAACUCUGUCCUAGCAAGCACAUUCCAAGAGUUACCAACCUUGAGGAACUCCAGAACAUCUCCAGUGAAACCAAACCUUUCCCACAGAUGAUGCCUUACCAUGAUGACCUGCCACUAAUGGCUAAAAGUGAAAGCAGAAUCACUCUUAAUGUUUACUCACAAAUGAAGAUCAGAAUGUACCAGGGGGUGUAUGGAUUUUACAGCAUAAACUAGACACUUGUGAGACUGAAACUUGGUUUUGAACUAAAUAACUUCGGGUUUUUUCACAUCUCAGUGUUACAGUUGCAGUAGGGAGUUGAGAGACUAUUGAGUUUUGAGUGUUUGGCUUUUUUUCCUAUUGCUAACCUAACUCUAAUCAUGACUUUAAGUACCUUGCCAGUGCUGCCUUUGUUAGCACUCUUGUGAAUAUUUUUAUGAGAUGUAGCCUUGUGUUUAAGUGUAUUAAUUAUUUAGUCACCUUAACCUAUUUAAACCUUAUGCCUUUUCUCCAACAAGUGCUAAAAUAUCUUAUCCUGACAGGACUACUCCUUUAACUGCCUAGUGCAUUACUUGAGAAGAAAAGCAAAAAAAAAAGCUUUUUUACACUUGCCAGGUUUUUUAUUUUUCUGUCAAGGUUAACUGCUUUAAAUGCUUCCUUCGUGGUUCAUAAAAAGUUAGUUGCAGCAUUUCUGGUAAAAGCACACAGCUCUGAAAUGCUGAAUUUGCACUUGGCAGGUAAUUUUACAGGUAGUUCUUGUGCAAAGGAAACUGAUGGAUCAGUUUAGCCUUACUGCUUACAUGAAUAUGACAAAAAUGACUUUGUAAAGCCAAAUCAAGUUUUCUGGUUCUGGAGUUUGCUAAUGUUGAUGUAUGAAUACAGCACAGGGGGAUGAGCUCCCCCAGAAGAUCUGAAACUUAACACAAACUAAGACACUGAUUUGUUAUGAAAUGUGUGUGGCUAUAACAUGGAUGAAGUGUUUUGGUGUACACAUGCCUUUGUAAUGCCAGCUUGCACCACUUGAAAGCUUCAAAGAAUUCAAAUGUACCCAAAUAACUGCAUUUAGUGUUACAGGUUAUUUUUGUAUUUUUGUGUGUAAGAUAUUUGUAACUUGGGUUUGUGACUCCUCGUUGUUUAAGCAUAUCCAUGUAGAUAUGUAGAUAUAUUUACACUCUGAGAGAAGGAGAGGAGAGGAUGAUUUGUGCCUUUUUAAACAUAGCCUAAAACUGUGCUCAUCAAUGUGUUCAGAUAUUCAGCUCUCAUGUUGACUGCAGUAACUCAGUCCUACCAGUUUAGAAUCCUUAAACUUGGGUUUUGUUGAAAGUGUCUGAGAUCAAAGUUACUCAGCAAGGGAGAAUUCAGGCUUCAUAAAAUUCAGCAAAGUUUACAGUUCCUCUUGUAUGUAUGAAUAUUCCUGCUUUGCUGUCCAGGUAUACUGUGAAUAUGCUGGAGCUAUUCAGAUGUCAAGCAUGUUUUAGAAGAAAACAAAUAUUAUUAUUAUUAUUAUUGGUCUCUUUACAAGUUAGCCAUAAAGAAGUCGCUUGGAAAAUUCGGCUUCAACAAUGAACAAAUUUCUUUUACCUCUGAGUCCAGAAUGCUCACUGAUGUUUGGGAGGAAGUUUACAUGCAAAGUAAGGAAGGAUUGGUUGCCUUAAUGCUCAUUCUAGGUAAAUAUCUUUUAUUCUGUAGUUUUCUAGAUUUUUAUCAGUAAAUAUUAUUUAUACAGAUAUGCGAAUUAGAUGGGGGAAAUCACUCCUGCUGUUUUCCAGCUGGUUAUGUAAACUGACCCUCAGAAUCCUGUCCUGUUGAAUUUUUCUCUCUGUAAUGCAGUAAUUGCCCAUCAAGACCAGAAAUUGGAAUAGGCUACUCCACAGUUUUUACUUCUUGUUGAACAGCUGCCUCAAUGAGUUUGUUUUAAAGCAAAACAGACCUUUUCACGUGGACCUCUUUGUUUGGAGGUCGGAGGGGAGUAAAUCUCUAACCUAUGCACUAAUAAACUCAUCCAGUGAGCCUGC